AUGUCGACCACGAAGCCUACCCCCAAGCCUACCCCCAAGCCUCAGGCUAUUCCCAAGCCUGGGGCCGGACGCCCCACGCGGAUUACAGUCGCUCCCCGUGGAGGGGCCCGAGGACCUGUCGGACGGCUUGCCAGCUUGAAACCACCAAACCCGACUCCUAUCAAGCGCCCUCAAUCAGCUGCACACCCUCAACCUCCCCGACCUACAACUCAUCCGAAGACUUCGAGUUGUCCCAACCCGGGCUGUCCCGCUCCUCAAAUUGUGGACGAAGAAGGCCAGAAAGUUUGCACAGGAUGUGGUACAGUCAUCAGCGAAUCCAACAUCGUGUCCGAGGUGACCUUUGGCGAAAGCUCCUCUGGUGCCGCUGUCGUUCAGGGUACUUUCGUCGGUGAAGAUCAGACCCAUGUCCGCAGCUUCGGUCCAGGAUUCCAGCGUGGAGGUGGCAUGGAAAGCCGAGAGAUGACCGAGCAAAACGGAAACCGAUUUAUCAGCCAGCUUUCCCGAGCCUUGAACAUUCCCGAAAGUGCUUCGAAGGCUGCGGGACAGGUAUUUAAGCUCGCCGUUGGAUUGAACUUCAUCCAGGGUCGUCGCACCAAGACCGUUGCUGCAGUUUGCCUGUACAUUGCUUGCCGUCGCCAGGAUGGAAACACCUCCAUGUUGAUUGAUUUUGCUGAUGUGCUGAUGAUCAACGUCUUUAAACUCGGCCGUACUUACAAGGCCCUCCUCGAUGAGCUCCGACUCGGUGGCAAUGUGUUCAUGAUGAACCCCAUCGACCCGGAAAGUUUGAUCUAUCGAUUCGCCAAGCAACUGGAAUUCGGAUCCCUGACCAUGCCUGUGGCAGGUGAGGCUGUGCGCAUCGUCCAGCGAAUGAACCGCGAUUGGAUGACAACCGGACGUCGCCCUGCUGGUGUCUGUGGCGCUGCUUUGAUUCUGGCAGCGCGCAUGAACAACUUUCGCCGUACCAUUCGUGAAGUGGUUUACGUAGUCAAGGUUACCGAAGUCACAAUCAGCCAACGUUUGAAUGAAUUCAGUUCAACCGAGAGUGGCGAAUUGACCGUGGAUCAAUUUCGUUCUGUUCAACUGGAAAAUGCACAUGAUCCGCCUUCUUUCGCUCGAGCCCGCCAGGUCCAUGGACGCAAGCCCAGCCAAAUUUCUCGAAAGAAUCCUGAGACGGCGGCCGAGCUUGAAUACGACUCUGGCGCAGAAAGCGACACAGGGUCUGUUCAGCCCCGUCGGGUUGAUGCUGAUGGCUUUGCCAUCCCGAGCCUUCCCAUCGAUCCUGCUCUUACGGAAAACACCAAUCGUCGCGGCUCCAUCACACGAGCCGUGAACGAAGUUGUCGAGGAGGCUAAACAGGAAGCACCCGAUGUCAAGAAAGCACGGAAGAGCUAUCCUGAGCCAUCCCCAGAACAGAUUGCUUCCGAAGAUGCCCUCGAAAGCGAGAUGCGAGACAUGUUGGAUAAAACAUCCUCAAUGGUCAAGAACGCGAUGCUUCCUUUCAGCCAGAUCUCGGACAACACGGAGAUCGAUGAGGAAGAAUUCAAAGAUGACCCGGAGGUCGCGAAUUGUCUCCUCAGCGCUGCCGAAAUCGACAUCAAGGAGCGCAUUUGGGUUAGCGAAAAUAAAGAAUAUCUUCGCAACCAACAGGCAAAGGCCCUCAAGCGUGCGCUGCAAGAAGCCACUGGCGGAGGUCCUUCUUCCAAGCCUCGCAAGCGUCGCAAGGGCCGAAUGGGUGAUGUGGGUUAUCUUGAGGACGGACAGGAUAACGAAGGCCGCAGUUCUCGUGCAUCUACUCCGGCUGAAGCCACCCGCCGCAUGCUCGAGCGCCGCGGCUACAGUAAGAAGAUCAAUUACAACCUUCUUGAAACGCUUUAUGGCGGCGACAGCAUACCCGACGACAAGAAGGAGAAGAUGGAAAGUUUCAGCCGAAGCCAGAGCCGAAGUGUCAGCCGCAGUCGCAGCCGUAGUCAAAGUGUUGCUUCCCGCCGCAGCACUAGCGUUGUCCCCGAUGCACCUUCCAUUCGCCGUGCUGGCCGGACCACCCCGGCGGCGACCCCGAUUAAGCCUGGCCACCCAGCAGCAGGGGCUCCAGCCGCUCCCCCCAAGCCCCCAGUUCCCACCCUGACGGAGUAUGGUACUGAGUUUGGCAGGAGAGAUAGUCAAGUCGAACUCCGUGAUCCCGAUGCUUUGGAUGAGGAGGAGGACGAGGACGAGGAUGACGGUGUCGAUGAUGCUUUCGCUGGAAACUACCGGGGACGUGAAGACGAAGACGAAGACGAUAAUGGCGCUUAUGUUAGUGACUACGACUACGGCUCUGACUAA